CUUGUUUUUUUUCCACACUCUUCCCUCAAAGAAAGCAUCAAGGACUCGUCGCCAUGGGAAAUGCUGUGUGUAUUUGCAAUGUGUGUGUGUGUGUUUUUUUAAAUUAAAAACUUAAUAAAUUUUUUUUAAAAAAAAACACAUUUUGCCUUCCUAAGUAACUUUAAAAGCUCUCUUCACCUCUGCACUGCUUUUCCCCUACAUAAAACAACAGUACAAUCCCAUUGAAUGGAAGAUCAAGAUGAAGAAGAGAAUGUCAACUUCUAUAUCUCCAAAAGUGGAACCUAAAAGACAGAGAUUAUUUACUCAUCGGUUCCUCCCCAUGAUUCUUUUGCUUUCUGCAGCCUUCUUCAUAGGAAGCGCAUUUAUAAUCACAGACUAUAAAGAGAGAAUUUUAGGAUGGGGAUCAGUUAUGGUUUUGCAGCAUACAAGACCUAAGAUGUGUGAGACCCAGUGCAGGGCUUAUGGAAGUGAGGCAUUACCUAGAGGAAUUAUUUCCAAGACAUCUGACUUGGAAAUGCGGCCAUUAUGGGGCCUACAGAAUAAGAACAAACCAAAGUUGUCAAUGAACUUAUUAGCCAUUGCAGUUGGAAUAAAGCAAAAAGAAAGUGUCAACAAAAUUGUCAAAAAGUUUCCAGAAAGUGAUUUUGUCGUGAUGCUUUUCCAUUACGAUGGCAUUGUGGACCAGUGGAAGGACUUAGAGUGGAAUGACCGUGUUAUACAUGUGUCUGCUGUCAAUCAAACGAAGUGGUGGUUUGCAAAGCGCUUCUUACAUCCAGAUAUCAUUUCAGAGUAUUCCUAUAUCUUCCUGUGGGAUGAAGACCUUGAAGUCGACCACUUCAGUGCUAAAAGGUAUCUUUCAAUAAUUAAAAAGGAAGGGCUUGAAAUAUCACAGCCGGCGCUUGAUCCUGAGAAGUCAGAGCUGCAUCAUCCAAUCACAGGAAGAGACAAAAAAUCAACAGUACACAGGAGGACAUACAAGGUGAUUGGUAAGACAAGGUGUAAUGAAACCAGCACAGGCCCUCCUUGCACAGGGUUUGUUGAAAUGAUGGCUCCUGUUUUCUCCAUAGCAUCUUGGCGCUGUGCAUGGCAUAUGAUUCAGAGUGACCUGAUUUAUGGAUGGGGAUUGGACUUUCAGCUUGGUUACUGUGCACAGGGUGAUCGAACCCAAAAAAUUGGAAUUGUGGAUGCUGAAUAUGUAGUUCACAAUGCUAUUCCUACGCUUGGAGGUUUGGCAGAAAAAAAGGUACCAUCGCCUUCCAGUGAGCCUGAUGGAAGAUCUGAGGUUAAAAAGCAAUCCUUCAUUGAAUUAGAGGUCUUCAAAAACAGAUGGAAGAGAGCUGUAAAGCAAGAUAAUUGCUGGUUUGAUCCAUAUGAACAAUCGAUGAAGAAACAGCAGUAAUGCUCAUAUUAGAGGAUCAGAGGAAGGAUUUGGUUCUUGAACGUGCAUGUAAAGGGUCACUAACACGAGCUGUUUCAAAACAAGGAAUAAAACAAGAGUUAUACUUGAAAAAACAUCUGUUGAAUACUUGUCUUAUACUAUAGAUUCACUGGAUUAGUAAUGUAGUACCCAGAAAAUGUUUUUAAAGCCUCCAAUUGUAGCAAAACUUUUGGCUCAGGCAAUUUUUAUUUGACAGUUACACUGAACAUUGGAAAAUGAAAAUCAACUGU